UCCAGGAGAGGGGCGCGAGGUUGGCAUUGCUUUAGCAAGGUGGCGCGGGUUGGGCCUCCGCCCAAGAGUUUUUGUGCGUGGCUACUGAGGUUUCGGGACCUGGUUUUUUUUUACUUUGAAAUUCUCUAACAAAACCGAUCAGGCCUAGGGAAAGACGAUUUCCCGUUCAUUUUAGGCGCAUGCUAAAAAACGGAGGAAGGUUGACAAGGAUUUUCUCUACACGGCGCCCAUCCGGGAGCAAGGGAACAUCUACAAGCCCAACAACAAGGUCAUGGCUGAGGAGCUUAGCGAGAAGGAGUUCCAGGACGUCCACACCAAGGAAAUCGACUUGGUUAACCGGGACCCCAAGCAUCUCAACGACGAGGUGGUGAAGAUUGACUUUGAAGAUGUGAUUGCUGAACCUGCAGGAACCCACAGUUUCGAUGGGAUCUGGAAGGCCAGUUUCACCACCUUCACUGUGACAAAAUACUGGUUUUAUCGCUUAUUGUCUGCAAUCUUUGGCAUUCCCAUGGCUCUUAUCUGGGGCAUUUAUUUUGCCAUUUUGUCAUUCCUCCACAUCUGGGCUGUGGUGCCUUGCAUCAGAAGCUAUCUAAUUGAGAUCCAGUGCAUUGGCCGAGUUUAUUCUAUCUGUAUCCAUACCUUCUGUGAUCCAUUCUAUGAGGCUGUUGGCAAAAUGCUGAGCUCUAUCAGAGCAACAGUACGGAAGGAAGUGUAAAUGACAUUUCAAGGAGCUGAAGAAUGAGUCUUCCCCCUCCCUCAUAUUUUGGUGCCAGUCUCAAGGCUGCCAUAAAUGAAGUGACCGGCACGUAACAGCAUCACUCAACAAAACAACCAACUUGAACACAGCAAAGAAUUGCUUUCAUAACUUUCUUUGCUACUUAAUCCCUCCUGGAUUUAUGCUAUUCACUCUUUUCAGGAGGAAAGUCAAUUUGCAUUAAACAAACACAAACAAAUUAAAUAGCUGCUCUCCCAUGCUACCUGCCUGUUGUUUUGCUGACCCUUUGACGAACUGACUCAUGUUCUGCUUAUCCCUUCCAUUCAUUUGUUGCAAGUUAAACUCACAUUGAUUAUAAUGCAGAACUGCAAAUACGCUUUCCAGCACUAUCCCACUGCUCUUCAUUUUACUGUGAGCAAAAGAGAUGUAAAAGCUACUGCAGCAUUAUGGACAUGACAACAAGCUGGCAGAUGUCCACAGAAUGUUCCUUUUAUAGAUGUAUUGUCAGUUGACUGUAGCGCUUUACUGUAGUGACCAUAUCUAAUUGCCACACACAGAUUUAAAGAAAUAACUACUGUAACAUACGUGCUGAGAAAAAGAGAUCCAAUAUCUUUAGAAAGACAAAGCUUUCAACUCAAACAACUAUGCAUGUCCACGAAAAGCUACUAGUGCUGCUUUUGUCUUAUUUUGUUGUUCUCCCAUGAGAGAUUAUUUGAAUUACGAUAAAUAUAUAAUAUCUUUCUUAUAUGUCACUAAGAGAAAACAUAAGGGGUGACCUUAAUGCUUUUUUUUAAUCGAAUAAUUUAUGAAACCCUGAUGACGCUUGCAUGUGAAGCCUCAUGCAAAGAACUGCCCCUUCCCCUUGAGAUCUUCUUAACUAGAAAUGGCAGGAUCUGAACAAAGAGCUUCUGAGAAAUGCAACCCAAUUUUGUUUUAUCCCUGAACAAUGACUUCUAAACAUUUCAAUAUAGAAAUCAAAAGUCAAGGUAGGAAUAUGUUUGGAUUUAUUUUCUGAAAAUGCUUCCACCAAGAAAAUCCUUAUGGUGCUGCCCAUAUUGUAUGUUAAUUUAUCCCUAGAUUAAAAUAACAAGGACCCUGUUGUGCUUAAUUUUUUUAGCAACAUUCUUAUGAACAGAUGUUCUAAUUAAUUUAAGCAAAACUUACUACAAAGGGACUAAUUGUUCUCUUAAAAGUACAUAUCAAGGUAGGUACAAAUAGUGUCGAAUCAUGCCAACCAUAAACUGGGUUUGUAAGAGUGAUUUGGCUGCUUGUAGGAGAGACAGUUUCAAGACUCCUUAUCAGCCAGGUUCAGCAGGGCUACUAGUUCUGUUUUUAUGCGUUGCUAACUUCACCCUGAUCAUCCAUACAAGUCAUUUUGGCAGCACUAUGUUAUGAUUCACCUUUUAUUCCCCCUUCUAAACCUAGCUGUACAUAACUCAAGAAGCCUUCCUGGUGAUAAUUUGCAUAAAACUGACUGAAAGACACAGAAAUAAAGCAUUUAUAGCAUUAUUUCAUGCUGUGAUGUAGAAACUUUACUGUCACCACAGUGACAAUGCAGUGAGGGAAUAGCUUCGUGGGUUUUGCAUGAAUCUGUUGCUUUUUUAUAGCUAUUAACCAGGAUGAGCUUCCUUAAAUAUAAACUGAGGAAUUUCAAAGCCUGCUCUGCUUUUGUUAGAGACUAGUUACAGGGAGGGCUUACUUGGAUCUUGAGUAUCUAGAAUAGCUUCCAGGUACAGCUCAAGCAUAAUUAAUAAUAAUGCCCUGGCUAGUUUUUUUUAAACUGUCUGAUUGCUUCACCUUUUCUAUGUUUCAGCGCAAACCUAAGUAUAUUCAAUAAGAGGUUGGUCUCACUCAACUGAUCCAAAACAUGUGUGGAUCCAAAACAUGUUGCUAUCUAAACUGGAGCUCAAAUGGCACCUCUCUUCACCUUCACCCUCCUAAAACCAUCACUGUAAAAUAAAAAUAAAAACCAACUCAUGUCUCCUUGCCACUUCAUCCUGCUGCAUGAUAGGACCAGACCUGAAUGGGACAUCUUCGUGGUAAUUGAGACUAAAAUCUCACCAGAAUUGCUUUGGUGGUCUAUAAACAACUUGCUUCUUGCAAACCCAGGGUUUACUACAGUAAGAUUAGCUUCGGCGUCCUUCAUUAAAUUACAUUUCUAUUAAGAUAGCCUUAGCUGACUAGACUGAUCUUUCAUGGCUAUGUGCACUGAUACAAGAUCAUAACAGCCAAUUAUUUUGAAUAAAAUGAUGAGCAUUUUAUUGCACAAUAGACAAUUGUUGCAGCAGAUACAGGUGUAGAAUCACAUUUACUUUUAUUAGUCUGCUAUACUAAUAGUAUAGUAGAAUACUAAAUUGGGAAGCUGAAAAAACAUCCCAGAAGAAGCCAAUUACAUACUACCUUAUUGUCAAGAAAACUGCAUGGACAUGUCAAGCUGAACUUCAGGAUGUCUUUAUCUUGCACAGUAUAAGUACAUUCAGCUGCAUUUUGACUAACAUUUUAUUGCUUGAGAAAUGCAAUUCUGCCAAUGAUUGCAUUCAUUUAUAUAUUUGGACUGCAAUUCAAUUCUGGCUUCAUAAGUGACAGAAUUCUGUCCCAUCCAUUGGAUUACUUUUUAAAAAAUCACAUUAAUUUACUACCAGUAGCUAUUGGCAACAGUGAUUCAGUCAAGGAAAUAAAUAGUGAACACAGCCAAUCCCCUUCCCAUUCUCCCAGCAGAACCGUCCUAUCAUUUCAUUUACAUUUGAUCUCCCAAUGCUUUAGUCAGUUCUUUCUAGUGUGUACUCUACACAUAACAAGGUUUACCUCCCAACUAAACUUUAUGGGAUGUGGAAUGACCAUUCCCAGAUUGGUACCCCUUACAUGUUUUGAACUCUACUUCCCAUAAAUUUCAGCCACUAUGGAAUGCUGACUAGGAUUUAUGGGAACUGAAGUCCAACAGUUGAGGAGGACAUCAAGCUGUGGAGGCUGGUAUCGGAUAUAGCAGUAAUGGUGUUUAAUCACAUAUUUUGCUCAAAAUGGUCAAUAUAAAAUGUAUUCAUUUCAUUACAGAGAAAGAGUUGUGGUUGGACAUGUAGUCCAGACCACUGAGAUCAGCUUGAAGGCAUGUGAAGUAAUGAGAAUGUAGUUAUAUACAGUUUGCUCAAUAAAUGUAAGGCUGCAGAAACUUUGUUGGCCAAGAAAUUAAUAUAGAGUACUGCCCACAAAUAUCAGUUUUACUCUGGAGCAAAUCCCUAUAAAAUUUCAAUCAGUUCUCAGUCACUCUAAACACUAGAAGUAGACAUUUUAUAAAAGUGCUUAUUUUGUGUUCGGGACACCAAUUUUUGAAAUCUAAUAACUUGAUAUGUUUUCCUUUUGCGUUUAAAACAAACACUGGUCUGGCCAUAAUUUUAUAAUGUACAUAAAUGAGAUAUACUAUUUAGAUAUAUAUCUAUAUAUGUUGCAAUACAGCAACAACACACUUUUGAUGAGAAUGUAAACAAGACAUAUUUUAGUUUUAUAUAAUAAAAAACACUUUGAAAUAUAUUGCCUAAAAUGGUGUAUUCAAAAAGUGCACCCCAAAGCAAAUAACAUUGUUGAUCCAAGAUAUUCACAUAUGCUUACAAGAUGUAACUGACAUUUUUUUUAUUCUGCAUGUUCAAUAGCCAAGGCUACAGUCUGCACAAUAAAAGCUGUUUUAAUACAAA